AUAGUAAAGCAGAAAUUUCUGAACAACUUUAAGCUUAAAAGUAUUUAUAUGGACGCGCCGCCGCCAACAAAGCCACCGAGAGGCGUUAAAUAUGGAAAAGAUGAGUCGGCAGGUUGUGGCUUUCUCGUGAAUGUUAUCAAGUCGCUUGGCUUCAGCGAGACGACCGAGGAGCGGCAAAAGGAAAAACAGAAAAUUGAACAGGAAUACAAGCGCUCAGAUCAGCGUUUAAACGAGCUGGUGUCACGCCAUGACCAGCAAUUAACCAUAGUACUGCCAUUGUUCAGCCAGGUGUCCACCGAGGUCACCGCUAGCCGAGAGCGUAUACACGCUGUAAAAGAGAAUCUAGGCGCAUGCAAACGACUGCUGCAGUGUCGUCGCGAUGAGCUCAAGAAGAUGUGGACGGAUGCUGUACAGCAUAAAUACGUGCUGGAAAUGCUGGAGCAGAUUCAGGAACUACGUAAAGUGCCUCAGCGUGUAGUCAGCUACACGGCCAAGCGACAAUAUUUGCAUGCCAGCAAAGCGCUAACGGAUGCCCUGAGCACACUAAACGGUCGCUUGGCAGAUGUGGAGGGCUUGGCGGAUUUGCGUACGGACUUACAAUCGCGGCGGCAGCAGUUGUAUCAACGGUUACAUGAGGAACUUGUUACGCAGGUGUAUAAGUACUCUGCGAACGAAGCGUUUCAACGUAGCAACUCCAGCAGGCUGAAUUCAAGCUUUACGCGUGGGAUUGCCGCCAGACGUUCUACGGAUCGCAUUGAAGCUAAUGCACGGGUGCGGAAGGCUUUAAGCGAAAUGGCGCAAGGCUUUGAUUUGGAAAAAGCGGAAAUUAUUGAGGAUGCAGAUCUCAUUGAUCCUGAACUAAGCAUGAACUACUUUAUUGCUAUUAUUGUGGAAUGCUUUGGGAUGUUGCAUAAGGUGCCUGAUUCCUUGGAAAUGUUGCGUGUCCAAAUUCAAACGGAAUUACUGAACGUGGUGCGACAGACAACGCAACAAUUGGCGUCUACUGAGACGCAGCAAAGCGCUGACAGCAAUCCGUUGUUAACACUUUUGGAGAUCAUAUUUAAGCAGUUCAAAGCUAUUGCGAAAACUCAUGCGCUGCUGCUCAAGAACUAUUUAGCAGUGGGACAAAAAUAUUCCGUUGUGGGACCACAGCCUUACGAUUUAACGGACUUUUGGUCGCAAGCGCAGUCUGUGCUACAACUGUUACUCACUGACUAUUUGGAUAUACAAAAUGCCUCAGCGGAUGAGUGUGGACAAACGGGCUUUUCCGAACCCACCAGCAAUAUCAAUUCAUAUUUUCUUAGACGUAAAGUUCCAAGCACCAAAAGGGCAAUGUUUAAGUUUGACAAAUCCUCACAUAUUGUCAGUGGUAGCAGCAAAAACAACAGCACACAUGAGCCCUUUAAAGAACAUCGUCGAAACGCAUCGGAUGGCUCAAUAGAUGACAAUUUAGCAAGCAAUUUGCUGGGCAGUGGUAAAGGGUCCAUUGGUGGCCUGUUACCUCAUGAGAAGAAGCAGCGUGAAAAGUUGUUAAUAUGCAAGCCUGAUCAAAAUGUUAUUACCAAGGUGUACUUGCCGUUGAUGGGCUAUAUACAGGAAAUUGAAAAUUUCAUGAAAUGCAAGUCCGGUCAACCCUGCAGUCUGCACGACUUUGUGGACAACUAUAUAAAGGAUUCAUUCUUAUCCAAGGGUCACAAUCGAAACCUGCAACUAACCAUAGAGUCAUUGUCUAAAAAUCAAGAUGCCUGGCGCACUAUUAUAACACCUGAAGAAAUGAAGGCAUUGAACUUGAGUCGACCGUUGCUACAAUCUACUGUCAUGGUCGAGCGCCGCUUGGUGGAGACAAAGAAUCUUAUAGAAGAUUUACCAUGCUACUCUGAGGAGUUGCUUAAAAUGGUUUGUGCGUUGCUGAAAGCUUAUCGUGAGAUUUGUCAAGCGGCCUACAGAGGUAUUGUUCAGCCGGAUUCAGAGGACAAGCGUAUCUAUAGUGUGGCAUGGCUUAAGGAUGAGGAUAUUAGUCGUUUCUUAAAAUCUCUGCCUAAUUGGACGGAUCUAAAGACCUCAAGUCAGCGUGCAAGGCAUACGCGUAAGCUGCAACGCAGUAACUUUGAGCCUUCCGAGGAAGAAAGUCCGCUACAAGUUCAACAGCGUAAUAUACGCGAAGCGGAAAUGUUGACAAGCAAUUUGGGAGAGGGCGGCAUUACUCAGCAGGAAAUACUAGCAGACAUAAGCGUGCUUAAGGAGUUGGCCAUACUGCAGGAGAGCAUGGAAUGGUUCUCAUGCCGUGUGUCCGAGUUUGCCAACGAGUUGCGACGACCAAUGGUCAACGGGUUGAGCUCUGCAGCGGCAGAAUGCGCAGCAAAUGUCGCCAUCAAAGAUGGAACUAUUAAAGUGAUGACAAAUCUGGCAUUGGAGUUUGAUGAGCUGGCCAAUACUUGCUUGUUGGUGCUGCAUCUAGAAGUGCGCGUACAAUGCUUUCAUUAUUUGCGAUCCAAAUCGAGCGUUAGGACCAACAGCUAUGUAGGUUCCAAAGACGAUAUCUUAGAGCCGGAUCGCCAGGUGCUUGUAUUAACAAAACGUCUAUCAGAAAUGGAUGAGGCGUUUAGUGCCACUUUACAUCCAAGGAAAACAAGGUACAUAUUUGAGGGACUUGCGCAUCUAGCCGCUCGCAUCCUCAUACAGGCAUCCAAUUAUUUGGAGCAUAUUGAUCAGAUUACUGUACAGCGCAUGUGUCGCAAUUCCAUUGCUUUGCAGCAAACGCUGAGCAACAUUACAGCAUCGAGGGAGGUUGCCCUAGAUCAAGCAAAACAAUUUUACGAGCUGCUUUGCAUGCAACCGGAUGAUAUACUAAAUGCAUUGCUGGAGCGUGGCAUGCAGUUUUCGGAAAUGCAAUUGCUUAAUGCCUUACAACUAUCAUGCAAGGCCUCCGGCAUUACCGAUGCCAAUUUACUGGCUUCCUAUCAGCAAAAACUUUCGGAUAUUUUGGGUGCUAAGCCCUCAAAAGGCGUUGUUGUCUAAUAGUUUGCCGCUUCGGAAACUUCUCUUUUCAAGUACACACAAAAAGAUAAUGCAUGUUAGUAAUCAAUAUAAAUGUUUUUUAGUGUGGAAACUGAAUGCUAGUUGUUAAGCCCAAAAUUAUUAUAAAUGUUUUAAACAUGUUGGUAGGUAUGCACUUGGUGUUGCGAUUUACAUACAUAUUCUAAAGUUCAUGAACAAUAUUGUAAAACGGCUUAUAUACAAUAAAUUAAAAAUCAAACAAC